CAGCUGUGACCCAUGCGAGUUGGAAGUGUUUGCGCCGCGUGCGAGUGUGUACGUUCUCUCGUCUCUACCCUCUCCGUCCUGGCGCCGCCUUCAAGCGACGUUACGUCCGCCGAACGAGCGUCACCUGCGUCCACACCUUGACGUCGACGCCGCCACGUGAGCCUGCGAACGCUACGGACUCUCCCAGCGGCGGAUUUGAACUGUUUUCUUCGAAGGGAACACACAACUCGGAGACCGAUCCUCGUACGGGCCGUCCCGUACGUAGCAGGGGUUCAGUCAGUUGUGUUCGCCCGCGAGCACAGCUGCUUUUUCACGGAUAUUAUCGUGUUUCAAGCGACCGCUCGCCCUGUGAGACUUUCCCCGGGACGCCGAUGGCAACGCAGCCGAGCCCUCCUCUCCCCUCGCCCGGGCAUGGUCACGGGCUGAGCCCGCCACAAGUGGCCUCCCCGCUCGGGCUCUUCAAACUGGACAAGCCGGCGUACAGCACGCCUCCGCCCGCCGAGAACACGCCGGCCAACAACGUCUGCAGGAUGAUCGACUAUAGGGGCGCCAAGGUCGCAGCCUUCACCGUGGACGGGAGAGAAGUGAUCUGCCUUCCGCAAGCCUUCGACCUGUUCCUGAAGCACCUCGUCGGCGGCCUGCACACGGUGUACACCAAGCUCAAGCGCCUGGACAUCACCCCCGUGGUCUGCAACGUGGAGCAGGUACGGAUCCUUCGGGGCCUCGGCGCGAUCCAGCCGGGCGUCAACCGCUGCAAGCUCCUCAGCAAGGAGGAGUUCGACGUCCUGUACGAAGACUGCACAAAUUCCAGUAGCCGUCCCGGCCGGCCGCCGAAGCGAGCCCAGCCCCCCCUGAUGCCCCCCCUCAUCCACGACCACAAAAAGUUGCACCUGGAGAACGGAGACUUCGACUUCACGGGACACACACCUAUAGACUCAUUAGAAAGUCCGGACUCCCACUCGGAGGGAAACCCCUCCAUGCAGAGCCUGGUUGGUAUGGCCCCCUUCCUGCCAGAGAACAUCUCCUCCACGGAAACGCUCCUCACCAACAUCCAGGGGUUACUCAAGGUCGCAGCCGACAACGCCCGGCAACAGGAGAAGCAGGUUACCAUGGAGAAAGCGGAGCUGAAGAUGGAGUUGUUACGAGAGCGGGAACUCAGGGAGGCCCUGGAGAAGCAACUGGGGGAGGAGCAGAGGAGUCGAGCUGUCCUACAGAAGAGGCUGAAGAAGGAGAAGAAGGCCAAGAGGAAAAUGCUGGAGCAGCUGGAGCAGGAGCAGCGCCGACGCAUCCAGGCCGAGGACGGAGUCAAACAGACAUCUUCAGACAGUCUCAGGGUUCUCAACGAAAGUCUCUCACAAGAGCUGGAAGUGGAGAGGAACGCCAGGACAGAUGCAGAGAGAAAACUACAAGAUGCACGACUUUAUUUCAAGAACUCCGUGCUUUUCAACGCGUAGAGACAGACGACAGUCACAACCGCAGCAAUCGUCACUCCCUCCACUCAGGAUAUGCAUGUUCCCAUCGUUCAAACAUUCUCUUAUUGUAUGGGACCUACGUGUUCCAUACCCCUGCAAUACCAAAUCCCUAAGAGAAGUAACUUUUCCUUGUGGGGUUACGUAGCAAAUAUUGGGAUAAAUUGUUUACUUAACCUAUUAAACAAACUUCAGUGUACAGUGGAGUCCAUAUAUGGUAUCGUUCCUGUGUCUAUAUAUUGUAAAUAAGCCAUUUACAGACAUAUGUAAUGAUGAGUGUGAAAAAUUGUAUCAAGUUAGAGAGAUAUCAUGCCGCCUAGAGAAAGAGCAGUACAGAAGUGCCCCCUUGCAGCACAGAGUAGAACUACAGCCUGCCAAGCACAAACCAUGAUCAGCAUAGUAUGGCUACUCAAACAUAUUACACCAAAAGUGAUGGGGCCAGUUUCUUUCCUUAGUUUACCGUCUUGUUACUGGAGACUUGUACAGUUGUAAAUGUGAUCUUAUGUAGGCAGUGACUAUUGUGAUGACUCAACUACUGGGUUUUAAAAGGAGAGGGAAAACACAUAGGAGUUAUAUUUUUCUGCCCCUCCAUUUUAAAGCAAACAUAUAUUGGUAUGUUCUGAAAACAAGAUAGCAAAGCCAAUGUUUGGUAUACUUGCUCUUUUAAAUGUUGUUGUCUUACUUAGCCCUAGUAGGCAAGUGAUAACUUAUAUACUAAGGCCACACCAAUUUAUUUCCUUGAUUCUAUGACAAUUUGAAG